AUGGACAGUGAUGCGCGGUAUAGUGCGCUGGAACAUGGAGGAUUAGAAGUAGCGGUCAGAGAGGAGGAAGAGGUUGGCACAUCACAUACUAAUUCACGAGGCGCUGGAAGUGAUGGUCUGAUACCAGUACCACCUCCACCUGAUUUUGCGUCAGAGCAUGGUCCCGAAGUCCUGCCUGGGUCGAAGCCACCACUAGAGAGAAGAUCCUCACUUAACCAGCCCGAAGUCCUGCAUCUUGGGCAGUACGACCAGAGCAAUAGGACAGAGCACGGCAACUUCUACGGUGGUGAGAGUGAGAAAACUACACCCGAUUACUCGGACGAAUCACGCCAAGCAUACAUAGACAAUCACGAUGCCAAGUCAAUGGACAACUUCGUACCAGGCGGGGCCGUCGGGGCACAGAAGGAUAGAAGAGUGUGUGGUCUACGAAGAAGACUCUUCCUGGGCAUUCUAACGGCAGUGAUAUUAAGCUUGAUCGCUGCUGUGGUGGGUGGGGUAUGUGGUGCGGUCUUGAAGAGAGAUGGUGGGCAGAGUUCAAAGACAGAAGGAUCCUCUUCAGGAACGAGUAAUGGCACUGCCUCCGGUAGCUCUGCCUCUACCACAAGACCUGUACAGACGAUGUCCAACACUGGCAUGGCGAUGGUCCCUGUAGCGGACGGCAGUGGAACCAUACUGCUAUACUUCCAAGACUCAACUGGUCGGAUACUGGAGAACGUCUAUACAAACGGCUCGUGGUCGCUACACGACAGCAAUAGAGUCAAUGAGUCAGUGGUGACCGCGGAUGCGACGCCAGGUACCUCGCUAUCCGCCAUAGCCUACAAUAUCAAUGGGACAUUGACCCGUCAAGUCUUCUUUAUUGACGCCGGAGGCCUACUAAGAUCGAUCAACUCGACCACGGUCACCCGGGUUGCUAUAGCAUCGGCCUGGGGUGCUCCUAUUAUUGUCUCUAGCGAUGUAGCAUCAACAUCAGGGUAUACUAUGGAGUACAAGACGGGCUCUAUCCAAGAAGUGGCGUACAUGUUCAAUAACACUGGCGAUGGCUGGAACGAGAUGAACAAUUUCGACCAGAGCGAUGCGAAUAGCGGCGUUGCUUGUGUGGUAUACGAUAAUGCCGAUCAAGACGAGCAGUACGUGAAUGUACAUAUGCGCAACUCGACGACCGGUCAGAUUAUACAGAACUAUUGGUCUUUCACAGACAAUGACGGAUGGGAACUCGGGCCUGAAACGUUCAAGAAUAUGAGCAUCCCCUCGGGCACCGCAAUAGCCGCAUGCAACGACGAACAGCAAUCCGAGUACGUCCAUUUCCAAGAAGCCUCGGGUAUGAUAUACCGUGGUCUAGUCGAUCCAUCAGGGAGCGACUUCGAGCAGUUCGACGAGAUGCGUAUGGCGACCAACCACACCAGAAUCGGAGCAGCUUUUGUGAAGAACCAAGGGGCAAUGUACACCUUCCAAAAUGACACGGGAGGUGGGGAGAUGUGGGCGAAUGUGGUUUCGAGAACGCUUGUACAGCUUGUCGAUGAGGCAUUGUUGUAA